GUCUCUCUUAGCUCCGUCGUCUGAGCUUUCUCUUCUCCCAAAGCCUUCAUUUCGCAUCCGAUCGCAGCGGCCUUCUUCUACUACCCUUAUUCCUCCCUUCCCGCUCCUCCCUUUCUCUCUUCCCUCCUCGUGCGUCGUUCGUCUGACCUAUCCAACACUCGACCUCGCAUCUCUUCUCCCCUCGACGUUAUUCCCUCGUGCAGCGCCUGUGCUUAUCGAUCCCCUUUCCCUGCCAAUCCAGCGUCAUAUUAACCCCCCCCUGUCCAUAUCGGUCCAACGCCUCCGCAUUCCCCGUCGCCGUGGACCGUUGGAAAGAAAACGCGGAUUUGCGAUCCCUGAAGUGCUGUCACUGCUUAUUUUCUCGACGACACAUUAGGACGCCCAUCGGAUUUGAGGUUGCCAGGCAGCAGUGUCCGUACGCGCCCAGGUAGAGACAAGACAGACAGUGGAACGGUUGUCCUUCCCUUGCGUUACCCUUUCGCGCCGCCAACUAUUUCAGCAUUCCAACCUCUGCUGUGACCGUCUCCUCUUGUCUCGUCACUAUUGCUCCCGUCGAGGAUUAAACCGACACCCCGUUGAGUCGUUAUCCACUCUAUCGGGGGGCUCAGUCAACACACGAAGAUGAAUUCCAUCCUUCCUUCCUGGAAGGAUCGUACACAGGACCAGCUGGGAAAGCUCCAGAUCCAAGUACCAUGGCGCUCCUUCCAACUCCUUGUCCCGCACCGCAUGCGGCGGAAGAUCCGGUCCAAGUUGAGGAGCCGCGUCGCCCCGGCGUCUUCUAUCGCCGCGCUGCAGACAUCCUUCUCCCCGUUGGAUACGCUCAGAGCCCUACAGAAGCACCAGUGGACUUUGUAUGAUUUUCAGUACAUGUUCCUGUUGAUCAUCGGCAUUUUCUCCCUCAGCAUUAUCGCCGUCCCCGGUCCCCUGACCAAGACGGCCAUGGCUACUCUGCUCCUCAUCUCGCUCCUGAUGCCUAUUACCCGUCAAUUCUUCCUGCCGUUCCUACCUAUUGCUGCCUGGCUGACAUUGUUCUAUGCUUGCCAGUUCAUUCCUAGCGACUGGCGCCCUGCCAUUUGGGUCCGCAUACUUCCCGCAUUGGAGAAUAUUCUCUAUGGAGCUAACAUCAGUAACAUCCUGUCUGCCAACUCGAACACUGUGCUCGAUCUCCUGGCAUGGCUCCCGUACGGAAUAUGCCACUAUGGAGCACCGUUCGUCGUGUCUCUUAUUCUCUUUAUCUUCGGUCCUCCUGGAACGACCCCCCUGUUUGCCCAGACCUUCGGCUACAUCAGUAUAACUGCCGUUUUGAUUCAGCUGGCGUUUCCGUGCUCCCCUCCAUGGUAUGAGAAUCUCUAUGGCCUGGCCCCUGCCGAUUACUCGAUGCAAGGGAACCCUGCAGGCCUUGCUCGUAUCGACAAGCUCUUCGGAGUUGACCUGUACAGCUCCGGAUUCAAGCAAUCUCCGGUUGUUUUUGGUGCGUUUCCGUCGUUGCACGCGGCAGAUUCGACCCUGGCAGCCCUUUUCAUGAGUUACGUAUUUCCUAAGUUAAAGCCUCUAUUUGUCACCUACACACUUUGGAUGUGGUGGGCGACUAUGUAUUUUUCACAUCACUAUGCCGUUGAUCUUGUCUGCGGAGGUCUUCUGGCUGCUGUCGCAUUCUAUUUUGCCAAGACUAGAUUCCUUCCGCGCUGCCAACCAGACAAGACCUUCCGCUGGGAUUACGAUUACAUUGAAAUCGGCAACUCAGCACCGGACUAUGGCUAUGACUUGGCGAGCCUCGAUGGUGAUUAUAACUUGGAUGAUGAGUGGGCCCUAGGCUCAUCAUCUUCCGUUUCCUCCGGCUCCCUAAGCCCCGUCGAAGACCACUAUACAUGGGAAGGCGAGACCUUGACUUCAAAUAGCGAUCACGAGCCGUCACGGUAGACAGUGUUCACCGUGGCUCGCGGCUCUUCUAACGCCAACCUUUGCAUAUACGGUUUAAUAUCUUCCUCUUUCGGGUCUUUUCGCCUUCCUGUGCAUCUAUUUGUGAGACGGCGUUAUUAUGUUUUGACGACAUCUUCGAAUCAUUUUUGCAUGGAGCCCUUUCGACACUUAUACUUUUUAAUGAGAAUAUAUUUUUUAUUCUCCUCACCAGCAUAGUCAUGUGACCUCAUUGACUUGCUUCUGAACGGGAUACGCGUUGCUUUGAUUGUACAUGCGCUUUAUUCAUCCGGCGAGUCCACUCUGCGAUUCGGUUUCGCUUCUUCAACUGCCACUCAUCGGACCCUCCGUCAAUAAUGAUAAUGCCAGUGGCCUCUUUGAUUUAGCACAGCUUCUUUUUUUACUUUUGCUGUCGACCUGGAUGUCACUGGAGACACUCGCUUGUACGAUGUUUUGGACUCUUAGUCCCCCGUUUGACUGGCCAAGCAUCUUUAUUAUUUGACUUCUUUUUCUUCUGCUUGGUCAGGGACAUCUUUUAUAUUCGUCCUUUAUAUUCGUGUCGAUCGCUCACCCUUGGCGCCUGGGAAUGUCAAGUGAUGGGAUAGGAGUUAAGAAGAAAAGUUCCGGCGCCUUUCCCGACACAGCGUUUACCGCGCGUUAAGGGAUUUCUGACGUUUAAUGAUUCUAUUUGCAUUGGCAUAUAGAGUAAGUGACGAGGAGGGUUGUUUUGCUCUCUUUCGAUUCAGCUUCUCCCUCGAACAUGGCUUGGAGUACUUUAUACGAUUGAUAGAUUUAUGUCAAUCUCCCGCCUAUGGGUCCUGAGGACACGUGUGGUGUUGUUGCUUAUUUGCCUCGGAGGUUUGGAAAGGAGAUGGAACUUGGACUGGCUUGUGGUAUUAUGUUUUAACGGUCAUGAGUGGUUUGGUCAAGGACUCUUGACGGAAGCGGUCCUUGUUAUGCACCAGGUCUUUUGAUCUUGCAUAUUUGCUGUGGAAUACACUGUCUCAACAUUUUCCUGCGAUGCUUUUGCUAUCUGAUGAUGGCGACUUGGUGCGAUCGUCUGGCUUCUCCCUUACUGGCUCUUCGUGUAGUUUCCCUGUCAAAUUUGCAGGCGCGCGGUGUGAGCCCAAGGAAAGCUGUGCCUUGGCCACCAGUCGCCGUUGGGGCAGGUACGCGAAGGAGGAUUUGUUGGCGUGUAGCAAUACAUUAUACAUAAUGAUAAUUGUGAUCCAUGAUAUGACUUCCUAUGGUUUGAAGUAAAGCUAUGACCGUAGAGGCAA